AUGGCUUCCAUAUUCACCUUCGACCCUGACCCUCCACGGGUCUCAUCGCCAUGGGAAAUCACACCCGUCGGCGAUGCCGCGCAAUCGCCGACUCCAUCCACGAAUUCCCGACGACUUCCUUCGCCACUCGGUAGUACUAGGGGCGAAGCGGGAUUGAACACAACAACUUCUACCGCCGCUAUAGACUAUACGGGUAUCACAAGGUUGGAGGCAGAGCCUCAGGAUGGGCCUACGGAAUACAAGCUGCAUUUGCUGCUCAGACGACGGCGGUCAUUCACCCGCGCUAGCACUGGACGCCAUAUAUCUGGAUCUAUGCGUCGGCCUGACAUACCUAUACCUGUAGUGGGUCGCAGCGUAUCAGAGUCAGGCCUCCUUCUAAACACCACCCCUCCUUUGGCCUCUACACAGUCAAAACAGCAUCGUCUCGAGCAGUUGACCACUCAGCUGCUGUGGCGCCUACAACAGUCAUGUCCAAACCAUAUGUCCUCGUCCAUGGCACCUGUCAUUCCUCAAUUCCCUGACGAUGCACGUUUGUCAGCCCCUGAGAUGCCGCAACGGCUUCUGCCCGGACUGGAGGAGAGCAAUGGUGCGCUUUACGAAAUUGGAGUUGCCGACGACGGGACUAUCGUUGGUCUAGCAGAAGAUGAGAUGGAAGAGAGUUUGAAUAAUUUGCGCGCUAUGGCUGCAAGCUUAGGCUGUGGUGUUGAAGUUAUGCGCAGGGUUCCCGUCGGCGAUUGCGAGUGGAUAGAGGAUUUCGGCACACCACAGCAAAGGGUGGUAAGAUCGCAACUACUAGUUGCCGAAGCACUAGUACGACCAGAACAGCAUUUGGUCGAUCAUUCGAAAAAUGCUCAGCAAGAUGCAACCGAUGAUGCCCUAGAAACCGGUGCUAGCGACAUGGCACUGGCCAGGGAGUCUCAAAGAGUCACCGAGCAGAUGCGCGUAUCAGUGACGGGUGGCACCAUGUCUGGCAAAUCUACCCUGCUUGGUACCCUAUCCACCGCUACGCUAGACAAUGGCCGAGGAAAGAGUCGCUUGAGUCUGCUGAAACACAGACAUGAGAUCGCAUCGGGGAUGACCAGCUCCGUUACCCAAGAGUUGAUAGGCUAUCGUGACGAAGGAGAUCAUUCACAAGUAACCAGCUAUGGCUCGGGGGAUAUCGAUUCUUGGAUCGAUAUCCACGCUGCGGUGGAGUCAGCGGAGAAUGGCCGACUGGUAUUUCUUUCUGACUCAGCCGGACACCCUCGGUUCAGACGCACCACGGUCCGUGGAAUUGUCGGCUGGCAACCACAUUGGACACUUCUGUGUGUUCCAGCUGAUAAUACCGACGAGUCUUCGGGCAAGCUCGGAGCCUCGCCUUCGUCUGAAGAACUACUCGGGCCAGCAGCAGCGGAUUUGGACCUUUCGCAUGCACAUCUACAACUCUGCCUCGCAUUGCAACUGCCACUUGUGAUUGUCAUAACUAAAUACGACCUAGCUACGAAGAAUGGCUUGAAAAGGACCUUGCAAAAACUGUUCUCGGCGUUGAAGGAACACAAGCGGAGGCCUUGUCUCAUCACUGACCCGUCGACAUCUGUGCUAGAGGCCGAUCUACAUACCGUCGAGGCAGCCGAUCUUGGGGAGACCGAGAAGACUCUAGACUUGCUUGUAGAUUCGCCAUUAGCAGCAGUGCCAGUGGUACUGACUAGCGCAGUCAAAGGAACAGGAAUACAGAAAUUGCAUGCGUUUCUGCGAAGACUGCCGAUGCCCACGGAAACAACACCUCCAGUAACUACAUCCAUAUCGCCACUCUUCCAUGUUGAGGACGUUUAUAGCGUCCGCACGGAUGCGUCGGCUGAUCGAUCCGCAAUCGUUGGUGGCUAUCUCCGUUAUGGAUCCUUGGCCGUCGGUGAUGAGCUGCUGUUAGGACCAUACCCUGUCGAUGUCAGCUCGGACGAUAGUGACAGCGGCAGUGCAAGACCAAGCCGUAAACCAUCAAUACCACAAUCAAGGUCGUUUCCCGGCGCACUCAAUAUGAAAUCAAAGAAUGCUUCCCUGCGCGACCGACAUAGUGAGUGGAGGCGCGUGCGCAUUACAUCUUUACGCAAUCUUCGCCUACCUGUACGGAAGUUGCACGCUGGGCAGGUUGGUACCAUGGGUAUUCUACCCGUCAGCAUGCCGAUCGUCACCCCGUCCAUCAACCGGAUACGCAAAGGCAUGGUAUUGGCGGCUCGGGAGCCCAAGGCACACAAAGUCAUCGCUGUGCGUUUCGAGGAGAAGCAGGCAGAAGGCGUCAAAGACCUCGGCGUCGGCAGUGCAGUCGUGGUCUACAUUGCAAGCGUCAGAGCUUCGUCCAAGGUCCUAUCUGUUGCUGUUGAACGGACAGAAGGUACUCAUUCGACGAACGAUACCUGUAAUGGCGCAGACGAGGACGAUGCUUUUGGGUUCGGCUUUGACGAUGAGGCAGAAGAACCUACGACCGUGGUUGCACCACCGGCCGUCAUAGUGACGUUUCAGUUUAUCGCCUCACGCGAAUUUGUUGAGAUGGGUGCUAAGGUAUUGGUCAUGCCUGGCGGUGGGCCUGGGCUUUAUGGGGGUAAUGAGAGGGGAGCAAAGGGUAUGGCUGGCCUCGAAGGAUUUGUCGGGAGAGUGGUGGAGGAUGUUUAG